AUGAUACAUGCCCAGAGCUACAACGACGACGACGCAUUGCGUCUCGAUCUGGGCGAAGGCCCAUCGACCCCGAGUCUCCAUACUAGCAUACGCGUACGACCUAUCACGAUCCGAUUCACCGAACCUGGUGUACGCGAUUUACAUCUACGUCUGCAUUCGGUCACCUCACUACGCGCUCUUUCUCACUCGACAUCAAACAGCACCGGAGAGCAGCAGCAACCGCAGCAGCAGGCUGGCGGGCUCAUCUUUGACUUUGAGGCCGAACAGCACCCCGACACUUCCCCCGCUCCAUCACCACCACCACCCCAACCACCCCAACCACCGCUAGUAGCAGCAUCAGCACAGCCGCUCGACGGCUCGAAAGCUGAGGGUGCUCGAAACUUGGUCCACGAGGUCUUCGACGUCUUGAAUGCUGAUGGGCUGAUGGGCGACGAGAGCGUUCGGUCGCUCAAGGCGAAGAUGGAACGGCACCGACAAGGAGUACAGUCGAGGCGGUUGCGAUUGAUCCAUGCGGGGAGGAUACUGAUGGAUGGGGUGAGACUUGUUGGGUACUUGGAGGAGUUGGACGCAAGAACAAGGGUGCAAAGUCGGCAGACGUUUCGGCAGCUUGCGCUCGAUGCCGAUGGUCAGAAAGCAGGGGAAGGGGAGGAGAGUGACGAGGACAGCGAGGAGCAGGAGCAAGGGCGACGAAGCGGAGCAGCGGAUGAGGAGGACGGAACGGUGCAGCGCGAUGCGGUAGAGAAGAGAGAGAUGAGCGUUCGAGAGCUGGUGGACUGGCUAUCUGCUCAAGCAGAGGAGCCUGCUACAGAUGCAACCAGUGGCGGCGAUUCUUGCAGCACACUCAACGCCAGACACACAGGAGGCAAAGGCAAGAAGCGCGAACCAGCGUGCUACUCGGAGCUUGUCCGUGUCGCCAUCCGCACUGCACCCACCGUCUACAUCCAAUGCUCAGUAGGCGAGCGCAUCACACAACCCUCGCCCACUUCUCCACACGGCACCACGCACUCCGCGGACCCGACCGACGUGCACGGCGCCACCGGUGCUCCUCCACUCGACUCCUCCUCUACCAGCAGCCUCACCGCCGAAGACGAAGACGACCGCAAUCGCGGCUUCAACCGCUUGCUCGAUGCCGGACUUACCCCGGAAGAAAUCUCCACCAUCCGCACACAGUUCCGCACCUCGCACCCGCUCGCGACCACCUACGACCUCAUCCAAGCGCGGGAACACGCACAGCACCUGCUCGCCAUGGAAGAGUCGUGGAUGGACACCUUCUCUUCCCCCAACCCCACUGCCGGCGGCGCCGCGGCGGCGGCGCACGACCCGGUCGCUGGCGGAGGAGACUUUGGCGACGCACCGGGCGGCGCGAGCCGAGCGUACAGCACCGUGAUGCAGGGCUUGAUGGUCGGGUUCUUCCUCCCCCCGCUCGUGCCGCUGUUCUGGUUCCGCGACAAGCCGCAUCCUUCGUCCCUGCCGCGUGGGGGCGAGCCGAGGGAGGCGGAAGACGACGAGGACGACGAGCAGCAGUGGGAGAACGAAAGGUCCGCCAUGACGAGGGAGAGCGUGCUCGGCAGCACGAUGCAGAUCUCGAUCUUGUUCGGGCUGGUCGCGAAUCUCAUCAUGGGCGUCUUUCGGUUUAUUUGGUAG